CGAUGGGUGAAUUUUACGGACGACCACAUCACCAGGCAAAAUGGCGCCCUCAUAUGAAAACCUCCCGAUCGACGACGAGGAGUUCGACGAAUCUCAAAUCGACUUUACCGACCUCGAAGAGCAGUAUCAGGUCCGCCUGGAUGAGGGGCUCGACGCCUUUGUCGUGGUGGAUGGCCUGCCCAAGGUCCCGGAAGACAACAAGGCGAAGCUCGUGAAGUUCAUUCUCAGGAAGCUGAAUUCGGUGGGGAAGGUCAAAGAGGAUGGCGUGUACAUGCCGCUGAACGAGGAGACGGGUCAGACCGAGGGUUUUGCCUUCGUCGAGUACAGCGCUCCCAGCGAGGCGGUUGCCGCCGUCAAGCAGCUCCAUGGCACUCCGCUCGACAAGAAACACACCAUGGCCGUAAACAAGCUCACGGACAUCGACCGCUAUGGACGCGAGGGCCGCAUUGACGAGGAGUACCACCCGCCCGAGAUCGAGCCCUUCCAGCAGAAAGAGCACUUGCGAUCAUGGCUUGGAGACCCCGACGCUCGCGACCAGAUGGUUAUGUUCCGCGGAGAUAAGGUGGGCGUUUUCUGGAAUGAAAAGGAGGACGCGCCGGAGCAGGUGGUUGAUCGCGAAAACUGGACCGAGUCGUUCGUGCAGUGGUCUCCCCUAGGCACGUAUCUUACCUCGAUACACGCUCAGGGUGUGCAACUCUGGGGUGGCAAGGCGUGGAGUAGGCAAAAGCGUUUUGCCCAUCCGGGUGUCAAUCUGGUCGACUUCUCGCCCAACGAGAAGUAUGUCACGACGUGGUCACAUAGGCCACUGCAGGUUGACGAAAACCACCCUGUCCCGUCGCUUUCUCUGGAAGAAGAUGGCAAGAACUACAUCAUUUGGGACAUCGCUACUGGCAAGCCGCUGCGAUCAUUUGCUACUCUGGAGGUUCCCACGUCCACCGAUGCUGAGGGUAACCCAGUGAAGAAGAAGAUGCAGUGGCCUACAUUCAAGUGGUCUGCGGAUGACAAGUAUGUCGCUCGUAUGACACAAGGGCAGUCCAUUUCCAUCUAUGAACUGCCCAGGAUGAACCUCUUGGACAAGGCCUCUGUCAAGAUUGAGGGAGUCAUGGAUUUCGAAUGGGCACCCGCCACUCCUAAGCGGGACGGCGUCAGGACGUACGAGCAGCUUUUCUGCUACUGGACUCCUGAGCUCGGCAGCAACCCUGCGAAGGUCGGUCUCAUGUCCAUCCCAUCCAAAGAAGUGGUCCGUACACGAAACCUCUUCAACGUGUCAGAUGCCAAGUUGCACUGGCAAUCGGAGGCCGCCUACGUCUGCGUCAAGGUCGAUAGGCAUUCCAAGUCCAAGAAGUCCAUGGCCACAAAUCUCGAAAUCUUCCGCGUCCGCGAAAAGGGUGUCCCGGUUGAAGUCGUCGACUCGAUCAAGGACACGGUUAUCAACUUUGCUUGGGAGCCCAAGGGCAGCCGAUUCGUCCUCAUCACAACCGCGGAACCCCUGGCGCAGACCGCUGUUCCACCCAAGACGGCAGUAUCAUUCUUCGCACCUGAGAAGGUGAAGGGCGGCGGCGUGGGCAACUUCCGUCACAUCCGCACCAUCGACAAGAAGAACAGCAACGCCAUCUACUGGUCACCAAAGGGCCGUUUCGUGGUGGUCGCCACCCUUCAGUCUCAGCAGUCAUGCGACCUUGACUUCUGGGAUCUGAGUUUCGAGAAGCCCAAGGAUGACAAGGAUGACAAGGAGAAGGAGCUGAAUGCCAAUCUACAGCUCAUGGCCACUGCCGAGCAUUACGGAGUCACCGAUAUCGAAUGGGACCCGACCGGUCGCUAUGUUGCCACGGUCGCCAGUGCCUUCCGACACCAGAUGGAGAACGGAUACCACCUCUACGACUUCAAGGGCACCCUACUCCGCGAAGAGCACAUUGACCGCUUCAAGCAACUCAUCUGGCGGCCGCGACCGGCGACGCUGCUCUCCAAGGAGGAGCAGGCCGAGAUACGCAAGAACCUGCGCAACUACUCCAAGAUCUUCGACGAGCAGGAUCUGGCCAAGAAGAACACGGCCAACCGGCAGGUCGUCGAGGCUCGCCGGCGCCUGUUGCAGGAAUGGCUGGCGUGGCGCGAGAGCAUGAUCCAGAUGCUCAAGGAGGAGGGCGCCGAGAUUGAGCUGAACAACGGAAAGGUGCGGACGGAUCAUGAUGGCGAGGUCGAGGAGAUUGAGGAGAUUGUCGAGGAGAUUAUUGAGGAGACGGAGGAGGUGAUUGGUUAGUAGUGGUGCGGCGUGAGCAUGACCGUGUGCGGGAGAUACUUGGGAGGUUAUGCGAUGUGUGUGGAAUUUUCUUGAGCAUGCUGGGAUCUCUCUAAACUGUAGUGGAGCGCUGCAUGGGUCCGGUGCUUAGGAGGGUCAAAAUACAAUGCUUGUUCACACAUGGAUAAUGG